CUUUCUCCCUUUCUUUCUUUCCUUCGGAAAGAAAUAACAGAAACUCAGCCAAAAAACCCUAGCACUGUAAAGCCUACACCACCGCCGCAAGGAGCGGCAUACUGCCGCCGUCCGUCGCACUCAAAGUUCGCCGUCCGUCCGUCCAUCUAGCUUCCCUCGUGCUCCAAGUCUUCAACCCCGGUUCGCUGUCACCGAUCGCAGCUGCUUCCUUGAGCUCGGCGUCCGUCGUCUUUGUCUGCUCAGCCGCGCUUCCUCCGCCGUUUGUUUGCCGUUCACGUUCGCGUCUUCGUUCAGUCGUCGUCUUCGUUGGCGUUCUUCGCCGUUCACGUUCGCUUGCGUUCACUCGCCGAUCACCGUUCGAGUUCGCAUUCGCGUUCGUCUGGAAGCGACGUUGCUCUGCUUCAAACUCUGCGACCAACCCGCGCGCUCCUCCUAGCCGUCGAACUGCUCUCUUUUGUCGCCGCCAUUAUUGUGGUUCGAUAACCGGUCCGGUUUUCAGAACCUUCUGACACCUAAUUCGCUGAAGAAAAAAUUUAAGGCAGGGCGGCAUAGCUCCCACUCCCGCCUCCCCUGCAUUCUUCUUCUUCGUGCUUUGCUGCUUCAUUCGUCCUUCAGCCGGUCAGCCACCAGGCACCAGCCAACCAGCCCUUUCUCCCUUCUUCCCUUUUUUCCUCUCCUGCCUGCCAGCCUCACAAGUUACUACCAGUCCACCACGAUUCUUCAUCGAUCACCGUCGUCGUUCAUUGCCAGCAGCAGAGAAGCCUUUCAGCAGCUCUUUGAAUUCCAGUGGAGCGAGGGAAUUGUACCUGGCUAGGCGCAGCACAUUGCUACAGUUCAAGUUCCUUGUUCCCUCAGUUCUUGAUGUUCAUAGACCUUUUAGGUCAAACGUCAACCAUUUGCUUCUUCAUAAAAACCAGAUCUUCUCAGCAGAAGUUUUGGUUGCAGUGCCACACCACAACACCAUCCCCUAUAAGGUGGUGAGCCAGCUUCUUGCCUCUUUGCCAAAUCCACAAUAAGAGCUUUGCAACUCUGAAACCUUUUUGUCGGUUCCAAUGGAGCAAGCUGAAUUGGAUACCUCAAAACCACCGAGUUUUCCUCCUUACCGCCGAUCACACUUACGCAGCGAAACAUACCUCACUCUCACUCGAAUUUUCUCUCAUCUUCCUGCCACACUUGAUAAUGGCAAUGGUAAAAAGAAGCCAGAAAAAAAGGAAAAGGGACCCGAGUUCCCUGAAUCUGUUGGUUCUGAUUUUAUACGUCCCAUGAGUGCUGUCCCGAUCGAAAGCAUACAGGAGUUUGACGAGACUGUUGAAGGGACUGGAAACAAGGGCAGGGUAUGUGUUGUCAAUGAUAUUGUUUUGGGUGAUAUAGAGGAGAUGAUGGGAAUAGAAGAAGUUGAGGAUACUUCGAGGACGCUGCUGCAGGACAGGUGUAACGAUGCAGAUAAAGAGCAACAAAGGAUAAUGGAUGAGUUGGAACUGGUUGUGAAUGGAACACAAAAUAUUGUUCGUGAUAGUGGUUUAAUCUCUUUGAGUGCAGGGUCAGGUGAGGAACAGAAUGGCAGCAAUGCAGGUGAGAUGCAAGUACAAGGCUCAACGGAUUCUCUUCCAAAUUCUAAAGAAGCUGAAGUUGAGAAGGUAGAGCUGGAUUAUGAAGAUGAAAGGCUGCUGGAUUAUGAUAAUUUGGAAGAUAAAUGUGAAAUGAAAAAUGAAAGAAAUUUAGAAAAGUCAACUUGUGUAAACAAUGCAUCAAUUUCUUCAAAUAUUCAUAUUGAAAACGAGGACAUAGAAGAGGGAGAACUUGUUGGAGACUUUGGAGUGGAUUGUAAUUCGUUUGACAUGCCUACUGCAGAUUCAUUUAUUCCUCAAACGAAAAUUGAUGAGGUUCAGAACCCCGAAAGUAUUAAUAUGGGGAAUACAGAAAAAGAAGGUUUAGGCAAAGAAAUAGGUAGUAAACCGGUUACUGACGUAUUGGAAGAAGACUCUGACCAAGAUCAUGGAAACCCUGCUGCAUCAGAGAAGGUUGAUGUCAGCUGUAAAAAAAAGCGUGGCCCUGGUUCUGCGGAAAAGAAAGCAAAAAAGAAGAAAAAAGCGCGGAAAAAACGGGCAGAAAAGAACAAACAACUUGGUGUUAAAAGGUUGAAGUUGUCUCUAGUACAACAGAAACCAAAAACCAUCUCUUAUUGUCGCCAUUUUCUUGUUGGAAGAUGCUAUGAGGGUGACAAGUGCCAUUUUUCACAUGAUACAGUGCCUUCUACCAAAUCAAAGCCAUGCUCCUUUUUCGCUCGUCACUCCUGCAUGAAAGGGGAUGACUGCCCUUUUGACCAUCAACUCUCCAAGUAUCCUUGUGUUAACUUUGUGUCCGGAGGUUUUUGUGUCAGAGGUGAUGCAUGCUUGUUUUCGCACCAGUCACCAGCCAAGGAAGAUUUUGCUACACCUUCAAGGGUUCACAAACCAGGAAUGGAAUCUCCACACUUUUCAGGAAACACAAAUUCCAACAUGCCACCUAACAUUCAUGGCUGUAGUUCUAUCCAACAAAACCAUUUGAUCAAUCCUCCAAGAGUUCAUUCUGACAUCAAUUCGGAACAUAAAGCGACAAACACUGUACAGAAACAGCUUAAGCUUGCAUCUAAAGGAGUUAGUUUCGUCGAUGUUGCAAAGCUAUCAUUGCCUUCUCCUACUACGCCAAAGGAAGGCAUGACCAAAGUUGGCUCAUCCUCUUCUGACCAAAGUACAUCUGGAACAAAUCAAACCUUGGUUGAAAUUCCAAAGAAAUUGCCAGCUAGGAUUCCAAAGGGAAUUAACUUUCUUGCUUUUGGGAAAGAUCCUGUGUGCAGUUUUAAGAGUUCUGUUAACUCCCUUGUAAUUGGGGAAAAUAGUUUCAGUUUGUUUGAUCAUACUAGUUCAUCCUUAAAAGAUGCAACAAAAGGAAGAGUACCACCGACUGAUUUAGUCUCCGGUGAGAUUUCUGGUAAAAAUCAAUCGGUGGCAGAAAGUAUAAAAUCGAGUUUUCCAGGAAAAGCUUCAAUGAAUGAUGCUUCAACUGGUUUACAAGGUAGCUCUCAUGUGGAUGACGACGGAAGUAAACCAGUCCAAGAGGCAAGUGGGGCAUCUGAUUCUUUUCAAAUUUCCGCAGCAACACUGUCGCCAUUUAUGCGUCUGGUUUCUCCUUCAUCUUCAGAACAGCUACCAUCUAGAAAGGAGCUCUUGUCGACUGUCUUGUCAUUUGCAGCAGAGCAUGAAUCAGUUAUCAAGAUGAAAGAUUCUGCUGGCACUUCAACUGCAUAAUUGGGUGAGAACUGAGAGUAAGGAAUACAGUAAUAGCAGUUCAAGGUAACAAGGUUGUUAGAAUCUUUCAUUAAGUGUAUUUUGGAUCUUAUAGAAUCAGUUAAUGAUAUGAUAGUUAAUUGUAUAUAUAAUGUAAUUUAUAUGCAUAUAUUUCAUCGUGCUUGUAUAAACUAAUCUUCAUCAUGUAGUCUAGACUUUCCGUGUUUUUCUU